CAUUGCUCUAUUUGUAUGUAGCAAAGAAUGGCCACUGAAUUUGUAAACCCAAGCGGGACCCUGGGGGCUAGUGGUAUUUCCACAUCUCGCUUAGGGUAUGGCUGCAUGAGCCUCAGUAGUAACCUUUACGCAGGCGCGCCUCCAGAGGAAGAGGCCAUUGUUCUGCUGCGACGGGCCUACGACCUCGGCGUUCGUUUGUUUAACACCUCCGAUCUCUACGGUCCCUAUACGAACGAAGUGCUACUGGCUCGUGCAUUUCCGCUGGAUCAGUACCCGGAUGUGGUCAUCGCAACGAAAUGGGGUGCCAUGUUUGCUCCGGGACGCGGUAUCGUUCAGGAUAACAGCCGUGAGAACUGCCGCAGGUGCUGCGAGGGCGCGCUGCAGCGGCUGCAGCGGCCCUGCAUCGACCUCUUCACCUACCGCGGACCCCCUGAUCCCACCUCGGGCGUGAGCAUCGCGGAUACCAUGGAGGAGUGCAAGUUGCUCCUAGCGGAGGGCAAGAUCCGCGGCGUGGGGCUGUCGGAGGUGUCCGCCGCGCAGAUCCGGCAGGCGGCCGCGGUGGUGCCCGUGGCGGCGGUGGAGCUGGAGUGGUCGCUGUUCACCCGGGAUGCGGAGGCUGAGAUCAUCCCCACCUGUCGUGAGCUGGGCAUCAGCAUGCUGGCCUACAGCCCGCUGGGUCGCGGACUGCUCACGGGGGCCCUACGCAGCGUGGAGCAGCUGAGCGAGGGGGACUUCAGGCGCAAGGGAAGCCCAUGGUUCGAACAAAUCGACAAGAAUCUGGUUCUUGUGGACCGACUAGCGGCGCUGGCAGCCAGCAAGGGCUGUACGGCAGGGCAGCUGGCGCUGGCGUGGGUGAUGGCGCGGGGGCCCGACGUGUUUCCCAUUCCCGGCACACGCAAGAUUGCUAACCUGGAGGAGAACCUGGGCGCCCUGUCCCUGCUGCCCGGCCUCACCGCGGGGGAGCUGGAGCAGCUGGAGCUGGCGGUGCCCGCAGAGCAGGUGUCGGGCACCCGGUACGGCCACAUGGCCAUGACGUUCCAUGGGGCUAAGAGGGCCGAGGAGCGGCAGGCGACUGCAGCAGCAGCUGCAGCUGCGGGGGGCAGCUCAGCAGGCGGAGGGAAGGCGGCGGGCGUCUAGGAGGCGCGGCCGCAGGAACACGGGACUGUAGGGCACAAAGUAGGACAUUAACGAAAAACCGCGUGCGGGGAGGGGACAUGGCCGGCAGCGGCACUAACUUUAAGAGAUGCUGGGAGCAUGUCGUACCGCGGAGAAGAGAUGAGAGCAGAGGAGGUGAGACAAGGAGGCACUGCAUGUUGCCUGCUGCAUGCUGUCUGUGGGGCGCAUGGCGCAUGUGUGAGUGUGCAUGUCUUGAGAAAAUGGGUGCGUGGCAACGUAGGCGUUCAGCAUUAAUUGAUGCGGUAGGGGUUGCUCGCGGCCCCUUGUCGCUGUGAUGAUGGCAGCAGGGCGAGGGCUUAGAUUCACUGUGGGUGCUAUGGAGAUUGCGGAUUGCGUAUUGCCUUGUCAUAAAGGCAGCAGGAGGGCAGGUGUGUGUUGCGGAUAUGCCAGGAGGCUGCGCAGAAGAACUGAGAGGAUGAGGAAUGGG